CAUUUAUUUUUGUUUUACUGUUUGUGGGAAUUAAGUGUUUUAUUCAAGUUCAUCAUCUGCCACCUACACAUCCCUAUUGUCUAUUGAGCAAUCACAUAAAACAUAUCUGAAACCUCUCAUACAGCAACAUACUCUUUAUAAUAUUAUCUGGAAAAAUAUCAUUUAGACACAUAUAUAUACAACAUCUGGAGUCAAUUCAGAUGCAGCUCAAGUAAUGUAAAUGUUAUGAAGGUAAUAAGCUUUAAAGGUGAAGCUCUCAAAAUGAAAUGUAAAUUAAUGCAAAUCCACAAAUAUUUUGUUUUGACUGACCUGCAGGCAAAAGGGUGAGUGUCGAAAAUACAGUUUAUGAUACUGCUCAGUUCGUAGCUCCAGCCCGGCCUCAGGAUCCAACAGAUGAUGAAGCUUCAGCUCUUUGUCUGUCCUCCUGCCACGCUUUGGUUGGUUCUCACACUGGACCCCCAGCACCCACUGAGACUAAAAACACAGCUCAGCUAGAGAGUGUGGGGGCUGGACGGAUCCAGAGCUGGCAGACUUUGAGCUGUUGGUGAUCAUGAGUGCAACAGUUGAACCGACCUCCGCUACCUGCCAGGUGCGCACCUCCUACCUGCCGGAUGAGAUUCUGUGGGGUUAUGAGUUUCCCCCUGUCGUCUCUCUCUCCCCAUCAGGCAAAUACGUAGCGGACUUCUCCUUCUUCGACAAAGUGGCCAAGACGAAGACCACGCCCAUCUUCAAACCCUGCAGCCCCCAGCCUGGGUACCAGAGCAACGGGGGCGGGGCCGCGCCUGAGGUGUCCGAUCCGGAGAAGAUUCGCCUGGAGCAGAGCUACAGGGAGAGAGGAGACGAACGUGGCCGGGCCAGAGACACUCCUCUCAGUGUUCGCAUCAGCAACGUGUGAACAGAUGACACUAUUUGAAAAGACAGAGUUCAAUGUCAGAAGCAAAUGAAUGAAAACAACAUAUCACCUUUGGAAAGGUAUCUAGGUUAUAGCAGCAACAGAACAUGCAGAAAGGAAAACAUGAAAGACUGUGGACUACUGUGGUCAACUUCAAGCUCGUCAUGCAGUGCCUUUGCUGUGAUGAUACGUGUUUUACACUGGGUUGACUUCACUCAGAUUACAGCAUAACACACGGCCUAACUGCAGCUACUGUAUAUUACUGUAUUUAACUAACUAAGAACAGAACAGGUUAGAUUAUACAUUAGCAGAGAAAAAAACAAAAUGAGACAAACGUCUAAGCUCUAAACAUUUAUAAAAAGUCUUAUGACAUUGAGUUUCAUCUCAGUUUUUUAUUAUUAGUAUAAAAACACCAAUGAGUAAUUCUGAGCCGGUAAAGCAGAAAUCCCCAUCCUGAACUCCCUGAACUCCCUGAACUCCCUGAACUCCCUGAACUCCCUGAACUCCCUGAACUCCCACAACACUGUCAAGAAAACUUAAAAUAAAAAAUACAGAAAUACUUGAGAAAAGACACAAACAAAAUACCACUUGCUGUAAUAGGUUAGGUAAAGCACUUUCUGUUAAGAAGAUGUAGCACAACUGUAAUAACUGUAAACACGUUUCAGAUUGAAUAUUUAGUGUACAUAAUGCUCUGUAUCUGUUGAUGGUGUGGGCAUUUAUUUGUUGCUGUUAUUGACAGAGUUAGCACUUUAUGUAAGUACAUGAUGUACAUUUGCACCUUAGGAAGAUUAGCUUUGGAAUAUAUGAUUGUUAUUACUAGUAAAAGCACUUAAAAAUUAAAUAUCUUGCGUUUUAAAGCAGUUAGAAAAUACUUAU